UUUCUUACAAGACGCAAGUGCCAACUUCUUCUGUCUCAACUUGUCGUCUUCCUUUUAUACGAAUCUCCCCAAAAGCCCUAGCUUAAAUCCUAAUCACCCCCGCCUCUCUCUCUCCCCUCAAGAUGACGUCUCUCGAAGAUGGUUUCCCGGCGGAGAAGCUCUUCUCUCAGGGAUACUCCUACACCUACGACGACGUCAUCUUCCUCCCUCACUACAUCGACUUCUCCACCGACGCCGUCUCCCUCUCCACGCGACUCAGCCGGCGCGUGCCCCUCUCCAUCCCCUGCGUCUCCUCUCCGAUGGACACCGUCUCAGAGUCUCACAUGGCCGCCGCGAUGGCCUCCCUCGGCGGGAUCGGGAUCGUCCAUUACAACUCCGACAUCGCCGCUCAGGCGUCGGUGAUCCGACAAGCCAAGUCGCUGCGUCAUCCGAUCGCUUCCGACGCCGGCGUGAAGCUCCCGGAGUACGAGAUCACUUCGUUGGACGCCUUUGGUCCUUCCUCCUUCGUCUUCGUCACGCAAUCAGGAACAAUGACGGUUCCGAAGCUGUUAGGCUACGUCACGAAAGCUCAGUGGAAAAAGAUGAACUACGAGCAAAGAGAGAUGAAGAUAUAUGAUUACAUGAAGAGCUGUGAAGGCAGCGAGUAUUGUCUACCAUGGGACAUUGACAUUGAAAAGAUCGAAGCUUUGUUAGAAGAUAAGCAAAAGGGCUUUGUGGUUCUCGAAAGGGACGGUGAGACUGUGAAUGUUGUGACGAGAGACGACAUAGAGAGGGUCAGAGGGUAUCCCAAGUCAGGGCCAGGGACUGUUGGUUUAGACGGGGAGUGGAUGGUUGGUGCGGCGAUAGGGACGAGGGAGUCCGAUAAGGAGAGGCUGGAGCAUUUGGUUAAAGCUGGGGCUAAUGUUGUGGUGUUGGAUAGUUCUCAAGGGAACUCUAUUUACCAGCUUGAGAUGAUUAAGUAUGUGAAGAAGAGUUAUCCUGAGUUGGAUGUGAUUGGUGGAAACGUUGUGACGAGUUACCAGGCGCAGAACUUGAUUCAAGCUGGAGUUGAUGGGUUGAGAGUUGGUAUGGGGUCUGGUUCGAUUUGUACCACACAAGAGGUUUGCGCGGUUGGUCGUGGACAGGCUACUGCUGUGUACAAGGUUUGUUCACUCGCUGCUCAGAGUGGGAUUCCGGUUAUAGCGGAUGGUGGUAUCUCAAACUCAGGUCACAUUGUAAAAGCUCUAGUACUCGGAGCAUCAACUGUUAUGAUGGGAAGCUUCUUAGCCGGAAGCACUGAGGCUCCUGGGUCUUACGAGUAUAAGAAUGGUAAGAGGAUCAAGAAGUACCGUGGAAUGGGAUCGCUAGAAGCAAUGACAAAAGGAAGUGAUCAGAGAUACUUAGGAGACAAAACAAAUCUCAAGAUUGCUCAAGGAGUGGUUGGUGCAGUGGCUGAUAAAGGAUCAGUGUUGAAGCUGAUUCCUUACACAAUGCACGCGGUGAAGCAAGGUUUUCAAGACCUUGGUGCUUCUUCCUUGCAAUCUGCUCAUGAUCUGUUGAGAUCUAACGUCCUCAGGCUCGAGACUCGAACCGGUGCAGCACAGAUCGAAGGUGGAGUUCACGGUCUUGUUUCUUAUGAGAAGAAAUCAUUUUAAGCUUUGCCCAAAAAUUUUGAGGGAUAUGUUUUGAGUUAUUCACAUACUAUUGCUCAUGUUACAUUUUUCAUUUUUAUUUAUUUUAACAUUUUUAAACA